AUGCUACCUGGUUUUCAAGUGAUAAACCAGAGCCUCUCCCGCCAGGUCACCGACAUUCCCUCUCGUCGCUCGCGCUUCCCCUCAUCACCCGUGCCGACCCUCGCCGCCCUCGCCUCCCCUCGUCGCCCGCACGUCCCGUCGUCGGGCUUGCCUCCCAGUCACUCGCGCUUCCCCUCGUCAUCCGCGUUUCCAUCCGCUCUUCCCCUCUCCCCAUCUCCCCAUCUCACUAUCUCCAGCCCAUCCUUCCUCCCUCAUUCCUUCCGAAGGGGUGGGACAGAUGGGGAGGAACAUAUGGGGAGGAACAGAUGGGGAGAAACAGAGGUCUCUCCCUGGCAUCUGCCCCCGUUCCCCCCAUCCUCUUCCCUGUUUCCCCGUAUCCCCUGCCGUGCUUCCCCCCAUCCUAUCCCCUCUUACCCCGUAUCCCCUGCCCUGCUUCCCCCCAUCCCCUUCCCUGCUUCCCCCCAUCCCCUUCCCUACUUCCCCCCAUCCCCUUCCUUGCCUCCCCUCAUCCCCUUCCCUGCUUCCCCUCGUCCCCUCCCCUGCUUCCCCCCCUACCUCCUCCUUGCUUCCCCCAACCCUCCGUCCUGCUUCCCCCCUCCCUCCGUCCUGCUUCCCCCCUCCCUCCGUCUUGCUUCCCCCCUCCCUCCGCCCUGCUUCCCCCCUCCUUCCUCCCUACUUCCCCCCUCCUUCCUCCCUACUUCCCCCCUCCCUCCAUCUAGCUUCCCCAUCCCUCCGCCCUGCUUCCCCCCUCCCUCCGUCCUGCUUCCCCCCUCCCUCCACCCUGCUUCCCCCCUCCACCCGCCCUGCUUCCCCCCUCCCUCCUCCCUGCUUCCCCCCUCCCUCCGUCUUGCUUCCCCCCUCCCUCCGUCCUGCUUCCCCCCUCCCUCCGUCCUGCUUCCCCCCUCCCUCCACCCUGCUUCCCCCCUCCGUCCGCCCUGUUUCCCCCCUCCCUUCGUCCUGCUUCCCCCCUCUCUCCGCCCUGCUUCCCCCCUCCCUCCGCUCUGCUUCCCCCCUAAUUUUCAGUGGGGAAGCAGAGGAGCAAGCUGA